UUUUUUUAAUUAUUAUGAAAAAACAGAUCUAUGCAUUAGUAGACUUCAAAUUAAUUUUGUUAGAGUUUUUUAGUAGUAGCUAGCUAGGGACUAUAAGAACAAGUCUAUUCAUAGUAUUUUAAUUGAAUAUGAGACUAGCUAGUUAGAGAGGAAAAAACAAAUAGAAUUGCCCUUGGUCUAUAUAACUUUUUUAUUUAUUUAUUUUGAGGGAAGGUCUAUAUAACUUUGGUUAAGAGAAUACUUGAAUCGCUCGGACUGUUUGCUUAACUGUCCUCCCACAAAAUUAUCACAACACAUAUCAACAUCACAUGAGAUAAAACUCAGCACUAAAUCACCUAAAAAUAAUUAAUUCAAUCCAAAAACGAAUUCCUACAAUUCAAAAUUUGAAGUCUUCUCGGUUGACCGCAAUAAAAGAAAUUAACAACACGACUUCUUUUUUCUCUCAUGCACAACACAAGGCCAACCUAGCUAGGCCUUGGAUUCCCUCUCCCUCUAAUGCAAAAAUACAAAUUCUCGAAUCUUGAUCACUCAUCAAACCCUUGUAUAUCUACAAAACCAUCGUGACAAAAUCGAACAAUGAAAAAACAAGAAUCAAUCUCGAGACAUAAACAUAAGCAAGAAUGUGGUUUCUUGGUUUCUCCACAUCAAACCGAAGAAGCUAUUUGGUAAUGGGCGCGAUCGCAAUGGUGAUCAUCCUCACCGUCAUUGUAAGGAAAUGGGCAAUCUACCUGGAGUCGAACGAUCGUAGAUCGUCGGGCAAGAUUGUGGAUAAGAGCGACGUAGAUCACUCGCUGCAGGGGAAUCAGAAGGCAAGAGUCCGUCCCUGUGCUUCGUCGAUAAGGACGUACGCCCUCGAGGAGCUCAAGGUGGCGACGAGCGAUUUCAGGAUUCGGAUCGGGGUUGGGGCGACGUCGUACGUGUACCUCGCUGAGCUCGGAGACGGAAGGUUCGGAGCGGUGAAGCGCGUGUUGGAGGAGAGGGGCGGCAGCCAGAAGAUGUUUCUUGAUGAGGUCUCGGUUUUGCUUAGGAUUUCGCAUCCCAAUCUCGUUGGCUUGCUUGGAUUCUGCCUCGAGAAAGGGGAGCAGCUGCUACUUCUCGAAUACGUCCCAAACAAGAGCCUAUUCGACCGAAUGCACACGCGGCAGGGCCACUACUCGGGCACGCUGACGUGGCAAAAUCGAGUCAGCGUUGCACUGGACAUUGCGUACGCCCUCGAUUACCUCCACUCGGUGGCUGAUCCCCCAGUCAUACACCGGGAUAUCAAGUCGUCCAAUGUGCUCCUCAUCAAUGACGACCAUGCCAAGCUUGCAGACUUCGGGCUCUGCAAGCUUGGCAGCCACGCCCAGAGGGCCCACACUCCGAUAGCAGUCAAGGGCUCUCUGGGCUACAUCGACACUAUUUACCUCGACACGGGGAUAGUGUCCCCCAAGAGCGACGUCUACAGCUUUGGAGUCCUGCUUCUGGAGCUCAUCACGGGGAUGAAGUCGCUACAGGGCUCGUCCACGUUGGCCGAGUGGACCGAGGAGUACCGGGGGAGUGAUGACGUGGAAAUCAUGGUCAAAAUGUUGGACCCUAAACUCAAAUUGGGUGAUGUUAAUGUUGAGCAGCUCAAACUUUUGGUGGAUGUUGCAAAUGUUGCUUUGGUUGAGGAUUGUGAAGCAAGGCCUGAUAUGACACAAAUUGCUUAUAGAAUUGCAACUUGUAUGGAAAUUCAACCUCAAUUGCAACCUGACUUGCCAGUUUAGGUGUUGUGAAUAAGUAUAGUGACAA